AUGGUACUCCCUCCUGCCUCCUGCUAUACCGCAUCUCGUCUAGCAGCUCCCGUCUCGUUUCCGGGAAGCAACCAACUUCCUCCGAGGGAAGAGGCGGCCGACGACCUCGGCGUCAGCUGUCAGAGGUUGAUGUGAGCUGGUUCGCUUCGUGCGCGCGUUCUUCCUUGAUCAUCAUCAAGCCGGUGAGGGACAUGGCCGCCGCCGAGCAGCAGCAGCAGGCCGCCAACAAGGCCGCCGGCGGCAGCAGGUUCGCGGUGACGUGCGGCCUGCUGAGGCAGUACAUGAAGGAGCAGGGCGGGAACGGCGCCUUGCGCCUCGCGCCGGCCGUGGCCAUGGGCCUCGUGCCGGGAGCCGACGCGGCCGAGGGGACGGAGGAGAGGAAGGCCGUGCUGGAGCUCUUCCCGCAGCAGGCUGGCACGCUGAAAGACGAGCAGCAGAGGAAGAGGAAGGAGCCUGCUGAUGAGAGGGCGCCGCUCACCAUCUUCUACGGCGGCAAGAUGGUGGUGUUCGACGACUUCCCCGCCGAGAAGGCCGAGGAGCUCAUGCAGCUCGCCGGCUCCAGCAACGCGGCGGCGCCUGGCCAGAAUGCGCUGGCACAGCCCAGCCUCACAGACAUGCCCAUCGCCAGGAAGGCCUCGCUCAAGAGGUUCAUGGAGAAGAGGAAGAACAGGCUCACCGCGGGAGAUCCGUAUCCGGCGGCGGCAAACGAGUCGAGCAAGCCUGCAGUGAAAGACGAAGGGGCGCCGUGGCUCAGCGUGAACUCCGCGCUCAGCCUGAGCUGAGAAGAAUCUGAUGGAGAACACGCGCCUAGAGACCAAAAGGAAACUGCUGCUGCUGCUGCUGCUACUACUACAUAUUACUGCCUACUAUUUUUCCUAAAAAUAUAUUUGGAUCAUGAAACGUGUUUUACCCCUUGACAUUUACACCGGUUACUGGUUGCUUCAGGGGAAUUAGCUAGCUAGCUAAUUGUGAUUGGUUAAUUAGUUUGCCUUCUUAUGCCUGUUUGAGAAUUCUUUGGAGACAAAAGAAUUCUUUUCCAUGCUGAUAUUCAUCUGCAAGGAUAUGAACUUAAUCUAGUCGAUUGAUACAUGUAUAGUUUGUAAAUUCAAAUAACAGGAUAAUUAUGCUAUUUAUUGCAUUGCUGUUUCA